AUGAUUUUGGUGGACGGGGACAAGUACGCGUGCGAACAGUGCAUCCGGGGCCACCGAUCGUCGCAGUGCCAGCACAUAAAACGCCCCUUAGUGCUGGUGAGGUCGCGUGGGCGCCCUGCCACGGACUCCUCGAAGAGAAUAGCCAUUAUGGGAGAACUGCUUCUACCUCCCGACUCGCCGCAUGACAGCCGUGAGCACAGCGGGUGUCCACAAUCCCGCAACCCAGAGAACUCCGUCAUUGUGCUGAAAGCCAACAAGCGACAGGUGUUCAACGUUUCCAGGAAGUCGUUGAAACUGCUGGAUCCCGUGAUAGAAGUGCCCAGUAAGCAGGCAGGCCUGGAUCUGAUAUCGACCAGAAGCCACGGGCGCGGUAAGUGCCGGUCGAAAAGAGCGAAAUUGCAGCCCGAGCAGGAGCCCGUGACAUACGACAUGUUUUUGACAGAAUCCUGUACACAGUCAAGGCGUGUUGCCGGACCCACCCAGAGUCACGUGCGGCGAGGUGGAGGUGCAGUCGGAGCCGGCCAGCUGCAGCGUCGGCAGCUUCGACGAGGAGUGCUGUUGUGCAGCCGACGAUUGCGGCUGCUACAACUGCGAAAAGCACGGGAUCGUGAACGGCCAGAAGGUGGGCCUACAGGAAGCCGCUCUCAGCUUCCUGAAUAG